UUCUGAAUUUCUGAUUCUAAAAACCCUUUCGAACUUUUUCUAAACCCUUUCAAAUUAUAUAUAACAUAUAUAAUUUGAUCAAUUAUAGCUAGAUUAUUAUAUUACCAAAUGAAGGAGAGUAGUGGAAGAAAACAAGGCACUCUCUCCCCAUGCGCAGCCUGCAAACUCCUCCGGCGCCGCUGCGCUCACGACUGUGUUUUCGCCCCUUAUUUUCCCGCCGACGAGCCCCACAAGUUCGCCAGCGUCCACAAGGUCUUCGGAGCCAGCAACGUCAACAAAAUGUUACAGGAAUUGCCAGAACACCAACGGAGCGAUGCGGUGAGCUCGAUGGUGUACGAAGCGAAUGCAAGGAUGCGAGAUCCAGUGUAUGGGUGUGUCGGAGCCAUAUCGUCGCUGCAGCAACAGAUCGAUCUCUUGCAAACGCAGCUGGCAAUCGCGCAGGCGGAGGUGGUUCACAUGCGGAUGCGCCAAUUCCCAUCUACCUCCACUCCGAGCGCCGCCCACUCACCGGAAACUGCCGGGAAGCUGAACAUUCCGGCGCAAAACAAGUCCUUUUUUACCAUGGACAUGGUUGGCCACGACAACAUGGGGGAGUCCUUAUGGUCGUCGUGUUAGCUAAUUAAUCUAAGCCUUAGGCGUGCGCUCUCUUGCCUUCACCUUUUUUUUCCAAAUUAUCAUUAUAAUGUGCUUUCUUUUAUCAUUAUAAUGGGCUUGCUUUAUUGUACGUCUGCUUUUUUUUCCUUUUUUUUUUCUCUUUUAAUUUACAUAUAUGUAACUUUGUAGAAAAGAAAACAGCGCCUAGGCGCCUACGCGGAGAUCAUUAUGAUGAUUGAUAACCAUAUUGUAAAUGCGUAAACAUUAAUGUAAUUAAUUAUGAGAGUUGUUAUA